CAGAUGAGGACAUUGAGGCCCUGUGAAGUGAGGUGACUUGCGCACAGCCACGCAGCUGGGUCAUUCUGGCUGCUGUCUUGACAAGAAGCUGUGGGGGGCACACGUGGAAGCCUAAAACCCGCAAGAGGGGACUGCACUAGUCUAGGUCUUCUGGGCGUGCCCCUACUCCUCGCUGCUCAUGCCGCUGGGACUGGGGCGGCGGAAAAAGGCGCCGCCUUUGGUAGAAAAUGAGGAGGCUGAGCCAGGCCGUGGCGGGCUGGGCGUGGGGGAGCUGGGGCCCCUGGGCGGAGGUGGGGCAGGGGGGCCCCAAAUGGGCUUGCCCCCCCCACCCCCAGCCCUGCGGCCCCGCCUCGUGUUCCACACCCAGCUGGCCCACGGCAGUCCCACUGGCCGCAUCGAGGGCUUCACCAACGUCAAGGAGCUGUACGGCAAGAUCGCCGAGGCCUUCCGCCUGCCAACUGCCGAGGUGAUGUUCUGCACCCUCAACACCCACAAAGUGGACAUGGACAAGCUGCUGGGGGGCCAGAUCGGCCUGGAGGACUUCAUCUUUGCCCACGUCAAGGGGCAGCGCAAGGAGGUGGAGGUGUUCAAGUCGGAGGACGCGCUGGGGCUCACCAUCACGGACAAUGGGGCUGGCUACGCUUUCAUCAAGCGCAUCAAGGAGGGCAGUGUGAUCGACCACAUCCAGCUCAUCAGUGUGGGCGACAUGAUCGAGGCCAUCAACGGGCAAAGUCUGUUGGGCUGCCGGCACUACGAGGUGGCCCGGCUGCUCAAGGAGCUGCCCCGGGGCCGCACCUUCACGCUGAAGCUCACAGAGCCCCGCAAGGCCUUUGACAUGAUCAGCCAGCGUUCAGGGGGUGGCCGCCCCGGCUCUGGCUCGCAACUGGGCACUGGCCGAGGGACCCUCCGGCUCCGAUCCCGGGGCCCCGCCACGGUGGAGGAUCUGCCCUCGGCCUUUGAGGAGAAGGCGAUCGAGAAGGUCGAUGACCUACUGGAGAGUUACAUGGGCAUCAGGGACACGGAGCUGGCGGCCACCAUGGUAGAGCUGGGGAAGGACAAAAAGAACCCAGACGAGCUGGCCGAGGCCCUGGACGAACGGCUCGGUGACUUUGCCUUUCCCGAUGAGUUCGUCUUUGACGUCUGGGGCGCCAUCGGGGACGCCAAGGUCGGCCGCUACUAGGACUCCCACUGGACCUCUCAACGAUGACCUGGGCCCAGCCUGGUUCGGAGCCCCCCGGAGGGGACUCCAGGGCCCGGACCCAAGUGUCUGCCUUGGGCCGAGCUCAGCAGCCCCAGGGCCAUGCAGAGGGGAGGCGGGGCCUGGCCCUGCCCCACUGCUAUCGGUACCACCCCCUUCCUGGCUGGGGUCCCCGGCCCCCCUGCCCUGUUCCCCACCUACCUCAGCCGGGUCAGGCGCGGGGAGGGAUUGGCCAAAUUGGGCAGCCACCCCCGCCUUCCACACUUUCCGCCAUCAGCUGCCAAACUGGUCCCUCUGUGUCUCCCUGGGGCCUCGGGCUCUGUUUGGGGUGGUGACCUUCCUAGUUUCCUGACGCAGGGAAUACAGGGGUGGGGUGUCCCCCCCAGCAAAUGCAAUAAUACCCUCCCCCUCCACCCCCCCUCCCCGUGGAGUCUGUUACCUCCGCAUUUGAAAUGAAUCUGCUGUGAACCCCCAACCUCCUCCCCAGCCCCCCAUCUCUCCCUCAAGGCCCAGCCUGGGACCAGAGCAGGGGGGAGGGAGGCAUGAUGGCGGUGGGCUUUUGUAUCUGAAUUUGCUGUCUCGAACAUAAAGAAUCUAUCUGCUGUUGGA